AUGGCAGGCGAUCCACACCCAGAAGAGGAUUCGUCUCGGGCUAUCAAUGGCGAGGAGCUUGGGGAUGUGGAAGCAAACCUGCAACCACCGCUUGGUAUUAUAGAUAGAAGGCCGUGGAUCGUGCGCUAUUUAGCUCAGGAUGUCAAUACAGAGCACGCGGACCUAAUAUUUCUGGUCUGUUAUUUCCUGUCGGGUCUCAGUGACAGCGCUGCCUACAGAGCCUGGGGUUGCUUUGUUAGCAUGCAGACUGGAAACACCAUUUUUCUCGGAUUGGGAGCAUCCGACGCUCUUGACCAAACGACAUACCAUUGGCUUAAGGCCCUUGUUUCUAUUCUCUCUUUCCUCGCCGGGGGUGUGGCAUUCUCCAAAACCCAACAUUUUGGACCUCAAACUAGACGUACCAUGCUCAUUAAUUUUGGUUCUCAAACACUCCUAGUCAUCGUAGCAGCAUCCCUACUGCAGUCCGGUCUAAUCGAAGAUUCCGGCGAGGUUACGGACCACCAUGUUUUCCUAAAACUCAUACCAUUGUCCUUAGUUGCAUUCCAAAGUGCUGGCCAAAUGGCGGCAAGCCGACAGCUGGGGUUUUCUGAGAUCCCAACAACCGUGCUGACAAGCCUCUAUUACGACCUGGUUUCUGAGCCUGGGAUCUUUAGGCCCUUUAUCCGAAACAGAAAGGCUAACCAACGCCUUACUGCCAUUGUUGGCGUCAUCGGCGGUUCAGUUAUUGGCGGCUCCCUUUCCAAAAGCACAGGGCGGGUUUCACCCUCCCUAUGGAUUGUUGCCACUUUGAAGUUUACCAUUUCAACCAUUUGGUUUUUCUGGAGCGGGAAUGGGGUUAAAACGGGCCCAAGUUUGACAGCCGCAGUAUUAUGA